AUGGCAUUCGGUGACGAGGGAGCAGCCCCGGCUAGCCCUGCCGGCUUCGGUCCUCAGCAGCCCCUUUUUCACAUCGGAAAGCAUGAUUCAGCCCGGGACGUGCCUCUCACCGACUUGCAGUAUGGCCAUCUGCUCAAUCAGGGUCAGAUCGGCUUCGUGACGACGCCCGUCACCAACAACCGUUUCAAGUCGAGGGUCUUCAAGCUUGUCUCGGACUACCUGGCGUCGCUGGAAAAGGACGGCGAAGCGGGCACCAGCACGGCCACGUCGUCUCGAGCCGAGCCCAUCCUGCCGCCGUUGACGCCCGAGGAUACCGGCCUGUUCCCCUCUUCGGCCGUAAACACUUACACGGCGUACCUCAGCCCCUGGAUCGACCUCUGCUCCCUGGACCCCAUCAUCGCAAGCAUCUCCCGCCAGGUCCUGAACCUCGAGAUCAAUUACGCGAAUUUCUGCGGCGUUAGGAGCGUCGUCAUUGCCGGGCCGUCGUGCGAUGCUUCCAAGGACGACGGCAACCAGGGCCUCAUGCAGUAUGCCCGUGCCGUUCAGGAAGCACUAGCUAUUGGGAAUUGCUUGACUUUCUUGAUCCACCUGCCCAUGUAUCGAGAGCCUGUCGCGGAUGGGCAGUCGGAGACUCUAUCGUCGAUCAAGCCACAGGCAUCUCAGGAGACGGAGGCGAAAGAAAUUGACCUCUUUGGUUGCUGGGACUCUUGGCAUCACAUACGGACAGUGUGCAAGUACAACCCCAGGCUCUUUGUCGCACUCAAACUUCCAAAGGCGAUGCCGGAAAAGGACCUGCGGAAUCGAUGGUUCGCGGAGCCUCUCCACUACCUGACCAUCGGCCCUGAAGUUUUCCAAACAAACAAAACUGGUUACCCUUGCCUCUCAAGGCACCACCAGGAAACGAUCUUUAGUUACAUGAGGCUCAAGGCUGUGCCGUGGCUGCUCCUGUGCGACGUCGCCACGAGGCCGCCCAUAGAUGAAGAAGACUUCCCCAGCUUGGCUGAAGCCCACUCAACCGUCAACACGGCCCCGGGCCAGCCGAAUCGGGGCAACGCCUACAUGGCGUACCUGCAGUGGCUUGAGUCGCAGCAACCACCGUUCACAGCCUUGGAGUCGUCGACCUUGACGAGUUUCCAGGACUGGCUGCAGUCGCCACUCCAGCCCUUGUCAGACAACCUGGAGUCUGCCACCUACGAGGUAUUUGAAGGCGAUCCGGUCAAGUACAACCAGUACGAGGCUGCAGUCAUCAAAGCCCUGAGCGAGUGGAAGGAGCUUGGGCUGCCGACUUCAAAGAAGGGGGUCGUCGUCGUGGCCGUGGCCGGCUCAGGCCGCGGGCCCCUGGUCACGAGGGCGCUCCAGGCGGCGGAAUUCACUGGUGUUCCCGUUGAGGUGUGGGCAGUCGAGAAGAAUCCCAAUGCCUACGUCUAUCUCUUGCGGCAGAAUCAGACGGUAUGGGGCGGCCGAGUCAACGUGGUCAAGACGGACAUGAGGGCCUGGAAGGGCCCGGUGGUGUCCGAGUCGACAGACGCUGGGCCGGUCUACGGCAAGGUGGACAUACUCGUCUCGGAGCUGCUCGGGUCCUUUGGCGACAACGAGCUGUCCCCGGAAUGCCUGGAUGGGAUCCAGCAUGUCCUCGCGAAGCCUUGCGGCAUUUCGAUCCCGCACUCGUACACGGCCCAUCUCAGCCCCAUCUCCACACCCAAGCUGCACGCCGAUAUCCUGACGCGAUCCAUGUCCGACGCUACGGCGUUUGACACGCCCUGGGUGGUCAGGCUUUACGCCCUGGACUUUGUCUGCCAGCGCGUGCCGGGCCGGCCCCGGUUCCAGCAGGCCUGGGAAUUCUCCCAUCCCAUCCCGGAGGCGACGCUGCAGGCCAUUCAGGCCAGGCGCUCGGGCGGCGUUGUCGGGGGCGGCGGCGGGAGCAUGGCUGGAGCAGCGGGCGCAAACGACCACAACUCGCGGUACUGCCAUGUCACUUUUGUUUGCCGCACCAGGGGAGUCAUACACGGCCUGGCCGGAUACUUUGAGUCGACGCUGUACGAGUCCAAGGUGGACGGGAGCAAAGGCGAAAAGGUCGAGAUUAGCAUACACCCGGAAAGGAUCGACGCCAAGAGCAAGGACAUGGUUUCAUGGUUUCCCAUCUUCUUUCCCCUCAACAAACCCAUCACCUUUCCCGCCGACACGGAGCUCGAGGUCAGCAUGUGGCGCCAAACGGACGACACGAGGGUCUGGUACGAGUGGUUGGUGGAAGCCUGGACUUGGAUCGGGCCUGAUUCGCGCAUUAAGGUUGCGUCGUCGGACCUUUGCAGCAGCCGCAAGGUGGCCUGCCUUAUGUAG